AUGGCAUCCGACGACAAAAUCAACCCCACGCCCGCGUUCGAGACGCUCACGCCCGUGUCGACCAUCAAUGCGCCGGAAAAGGUCGCCCUCUCUAGCACGACGACAGCUUGCGACCCCAUGGCCGACCGCUCGCCUCGUACCAGUAAGGAAUCCUACAAGGGCUCGAACCCCUUCGAGACGGACAUUGAGGCCAUGGAAAUCGUGGACACGCAGCAGCCAUGCGUGUCCCGAAGCCCCCUUUCCAAGGACAAACACAACCCCAACUGCACAGUCUGGCCCGGCAAAGACCACUGGAAGCAAAAGGCCAAGGCCGCCAAGAAGAAGCGCAGCUGCGCCCUGUUGGCCGGCAUGAGCAAGCGCAACCGCGUCAUCAGCAAAAUUCUCCUCGUCCUGCUCGUGGUCGGCAUCGCCGUCGGUGUCGGCUUUGGCGUCAGCAAGCCACUGGGUGCGCCCAUCUGGGGGAACCACGACAACCACUGA